AUGCCAUGCUGCCUGCCCUCCAGCAGAAAGGGACCCAUUUGCCAGGCCCUGUCACUUGCCAGUCCCAUUGCAUGCUUUCUGCAAGCCUGGUGCAGUGAGCAGGAUGGCAUAGUCAGUGGGGCUGAGGGGGAGCUGCACUUCCCAGAAAGCCUCCACCUUUAUUAUGAGAGCAAGCAACAGUGUGUCUGGACCCUGCUGGUGCCAGAGGAAAUGCAUAUGUUGCUCCAUUUUGCCCACCUAGAUGUUGAAUCUUGUCACCACAAUUACCUGUCAACGUAUUCUUUAGAAGACAGACCCAUCGGAAAAUUUUGUGGAGAAAGCCUCCCUUCAUCCAUUCUUGCUGGCUCUAAUUUUCUAAGGCUGAAAUUCAUCUCUGAUGCCACAGAUUAUGCAACUGGAUUUAAUCUUACCUAUAAAGCCCUUAAGCCAAACUACAUUCCAGAUUCAGGUUGCAGUUACUUAACUGUCCUUUGUGAAGAAGGCCUCAUACAGAGUCUAAACUAUCCUGAAAACUACAGUGACAUGGCUAACUGUAACUGGAUUUUUCAAGUCCCUAAACAUCAUCUAAUUAAGCUUUCAUUUCAGAGUCUGGAAAUAGAAGAAAGUGGAGACUGCACUUCCGACUAUGUGACAGUGCACAGUGAUGUAGAAAGGAAGAAGGAAAUAGCUCGGCUCUGUGGCUAUGAUGUCCCCACCCCUGUGCAGCCCUCCAGCAUCAUGCUCAUCAGCUUCUGAUCGGAUAAGAAUGAGACUUUCAGCGGCUUUCAGGCUACAAUCUCCUUCAUUCCUAAAGCAGUAAUUGUAGCAUUCUUACACCCAGAUUUAAACAUCUCCAUAUCAGAGGAUGAGUCAAUGUUUCUGGAGACAUGA